GACCCCGAGAGUUAAGAAGCACAGCUGUCCGCCGGGGGACGACACGCUGUCACAUUUACAGAUACGACCAUAGGGACACGGGGAGGAAGCAAGCAGAGGAUGUACAAUUCCGAGAAGAAAAACACAACGUCAAGGCAAAGGGAAGAGAGAAAAAUAUGUCAAAGCACAAAAAACCGAGUGAUGGAAAAUAAAAGAGACAGAAAGAAACAGGCUGCAAGCAAGAGAAAGAGAGACAGGGAGAGAGCGCUCGAGCAAGCGAGAGCUUCAGUGAUUCCCACACUGUCUUUCUGGCUGGCACUAAGCUCUGUGUUCUGAUCCGGCUCCUCUGAUGGGGUUUCAUGCUCGUAGGCAGUGUCGGGGAUUCUGAGAGCAACACACGUUUUUUUCAAAGCCUUAUUUUUCUUUUUUUUUGGCUUAUUUUAAAAUCCCACUCACUGACCAUGUCAGCGUACCGAGAUGAGAGUCGGGACAAGUCAUCUCAGCCUUAAUGACGGCUAAUGGAUCCUGAAGAAGGGUCGGUCGCUCGAACCCGAAAGUGGAGAUAAAAAAAAGGACAGCAAAACUCAAGCGGUUGAAGGACGGCCAGCAGAUAUGAAAGUGUUAGUGGCGUGUUGCCUCCUCUCCCUCCUCUCUUACUCACAAGCCUGUCCCAAAGAGUGCAGCUGCAACGCAAACACCAAAGUCGUGGACUGCCGGGGUCGCGGCCUGUAUGACAUUCCCCGCCGAUUACAUCCAGACACCCAAGAAUUAUAUCUCCAAGACAAUCGGAUCAGAGGCCUUGGAUCGAUGGCUUUUCGAGAAAUACCACUGGUCCGCAUUCUCGAUCUAUCAAAUAACUCCAUCACAUCUGUUUCCCCAACUGCUCUUCUGGGGCUCAGAACUCUGCAGCGCUUCAGUCUGGCCUACAACAGCCUGAGGGAGCUUGACAAGCGGUUGUUUGGACCCAUUCACUCGCUUUCACACCUUGAUCUUUCACACAACAGCCUGUGGGGCUUGUCCGGAGCCUUGGGGGAUAAUCUGAGGAACCUGAGCCACUUGGGACUCGGUCACAACAGGCUAACACGAUUGGACCGAACCCUGCUGGACGCCUUGGGCCACCUGGACAGCCUCACUCUACGAGGCAACCCGUGGAAGUGCGACUGCCAUCUUAUCGGCCUCAAACUGUGGCUGGAGACCUACCUCUACAAAGGUGGCGCAGUGGAUGAGGUGCUUUGUUCCCAGCCCGUCGAGAUGAGGGACCGAGACCUCCAGAAGGUCCCUUACCAGCUUUUCCACGCAUGCAUGACCACGAGUUACCAUUACUUGUUUGCCAACAUACAUCAUCUGGAGUCGGAGCGGCUGCUGCGAGGCCACAUCCACGGCAACCACGCUCAUCCUUCAAGCCACACGCUCCAUGUCCCGAUGGCGAUGGGGGAGGGCUUCGGUGGCGGAGGAGGAGCAGGAGGAAGUUUGCCAGAAUGCGAGCCGAAGCAACGGCACCGGCCGGUCAACUUGCGCCACGCCAUCGCCACAGUGAUCAUCACCGGUGUUGUGUGCGGGGUGGUUUGCUUGAUGAUGCUCGCCGCCGCAGUGUACGGAUGCGCAUAUGCCGCCAUCAUGGCGAAAUAUCAGCGGGAGCUGAAGAAGAAUGAGGAGUUGGCAGCGGCUCGUGCGGCCCAGCAUACCACACAGGAUGAGAAGGAACCACUGGAGAAUGCGAUUGCGUAGGAGAUGAUGAUGAUGAUGACACAUACCGAGAACUUCAAACGUGGGCCUCAACCCUUUAACCUAAUCAUCUUUGGAUGCCGUGUGUGUGUGUUUGUGCAUGUGUGAGUGUGAGAAAAUGUGUGAUUGGAGUUUGUGACGUCUUCUGAAACUUGGGUAACCCUCUUACGCAGGUAUUUGUCUAUGCACUAAAGAAGAACUGGAAAUUUAAAAAAAAAAGACUAUUUUCUCUAAAGAAAAUAGAAAGAUGCAUAUCACAGAUACAGUAGAAAUCGCUAUAUUUAUUACUCUAUUUGUAGAUCUUAGUAAAUCUCUGGUAUUUGAUUAUAGUUUUUAAUUCAAAGUAGGCAGCUGUUUUCAGUUAUCUUUGUAAUGAGAGGAAAAAAAAGUUGUGUUGUGUCUAUGCUGGCCGAAUGAACAUAUUUAAAGAGAACUUCCUUGUUUGUGCCUAAUAAUGUGAUAUAAUUUUUCAGAGAAAAUAUGUUUUAUUAAGGAGUUUUUUUCUGACAAACUCAUUCAGGGACGAUGGGUACAUUUUUCCGAAGCAAUAACAAACUUUGGACUCAGCCUUGUUGUUUCCCCACAACUUUUACGGGUUCACGCUGAUUAUUGUACUGCUGCAGAAAAUGGCGUCGACACAAAUGCAAACUUUUACUGUCCAGUCGGUUGAGAUGUUAUAUGUGAGUCAUGGCAACUACAUAAAGGUAGAAGUGUCUUUCAGUAUGUAUUAUACAAAAUAAAUGGAAACAUUUGACCUGACUGCAGUAUUUAUAUUGAUCAGAUCUUUUGAGUUUUUGGGAUUUUUUUGACACAUUUGUAUAACACAAAAAAAUGGGAACUUCGGGUGCGCCAAAAUUAUUCUUUUAUACAGAAGGAAAAACCAUAGUUAGUUUAGCAGGUUUAAAGUAUUAUGUUUUUCAAGCAUGAACUCUUCUGGCACUUUGAAAAAUAAUGUUCCCAAAUGUUAAUCAUUGUUGCAUAUAUGCUUUAUUUAAAGAAAAACUGCAAUUUUUUGGUGGGAAUUUAGCCCAUCAUUCGCAAUAAUUAUGUCCUUAUUAUGUGCAUUACCACACAAGAAAAUUAGUUAAUUUCAGCUAGCUUACAAUACUGUCAUUGGGAUACACUUAUUUUAAUGCUAACAAUGUUGCAUCGUUUGAUAUACACGAUCGGAUCAUGCAUUAACACAGGCAGUGAUAACAUGUAAUAGUUGAUAGUAUUUUGAUGAUUUUAAACCCCACAAUAAAAAAAAAUAAAAUUAAAAAAAUAAUAAAAAAAAAAAAAUUAAAAAAAUAUAAAUAAAAAAAAUAAAAUAAAUUUAAAAAUACAUAAAUAAAUAAAUAAAUAAAAAAUUUAAACCCCACCAAAACCUCUUUUCUCGACCCAUGCUCGUUCUGUCAACGACAACAGCGGCGACAACACUUACGAUUUCCGCUCACAUUGGGAUGGCUGUGUCUUCCAGCACGAGACAUGUUCUUCAGUCCAAAUGCGUAUCUUGAGUGUUUGUAGCGAAAUCAAGAGCUCGAUAUUCCGUCUUCCGUGUGUGUGUGACGCUGAGCUUGACUAGCGAUUAGAGCGGCGUCGUGUUAGUUAGCUUAGCCGGGUUUUGGUAGUGUUUUAAAUCACUGAAAUACGACAAGAUACUGCAACUAUUAUAUGUUAUCAUCAUAUCAAACGAUGAAACGUUGUAAGGGUUUUUUUCUUCAUAGUCAAAAUAAGUGUAUCCCAAUGACAGUAUUGUUAGCUAGCUGAAAGGAACUAAUUUUUUUGUGUUGUAAUGCACAGAAAAGGUAAAAAAUAUGUGUUCAUGUUUCACAUAAGGAUUGUGAAUGAUGAGCAAAAUUCCUAAAAAAAUUGCAGUUCCCCUUUAACACGUGAUUAAAUGUGAUUAAUCACAUUAUGAAAUGGUUUACACACCGUCAGAGUGCAUAGUUUUUUGAGACGUACCAUUAAUAUACACUGAUGAGGUUGGUCGACCUGACAUCCGAUGCACGUGGCGAAGGAUGUGACCGCCACCGUACACACACGCAUACACCGUAAAUGAUAUUCCGGCACAGUGUGUGUGUUCGUUUGUGCACGUGGGCAUGUGUGUAUGUUCAGCAAUGUUGUGACUCAAGAGAUGUCUGGGGGAGUCCAGAGGAAUG